UGACGCCUCGCGCUCACCGACUUCAGCAGGCUUAAAGAGACAACAGCGAAUCCGCUCUUAGCCGCUGUGGGGAUUUAAAAAAAUAAAAUUAAACCAUUUUUAAAGCCAUGAAUACGGGAAUAUAUGGGCUGGCGGCAUCCCAACUCGAACCUUCAGAUAUCUAGUGGAGAAAGAGUUUGUCUUCAUCGCUUGACACGUCGCUGUUGUCUUCGCCUCUGCUGUCGGACUUGGACAUGAAGAAGUUUUUUUCCAUCGAAUGACUCGGAGGAAGCCAUGCGGAGUCCAAGUGGACGUCCAGCGGUGGCUGAUUGGAUCCAGUAGCAGGAAGUGUGUGUGUAUAUGUAUAUAUGUAUGUGUGAGUGAGUGAGUGAGUGAGUGAAUGAGUGUGUGUGUGUGUGUGUUUGUGCGGGUGCGUGCAGGUGUUUUUCAUGUAUGUAUGCAUGCGCAUGCUAGCACAGCCUGCCUCAGUCAGGCGGUAACGUGCUACACACCCCAACGAGAGGAGCAGUGAAGGAUUAACGUGACGUGUACACGGCGUUCUGGAUUCAGCCAUAAAGGCGUGAUUUGUGUACAGAUUUAUAUCUCUGACCCGCCCUCUCUGCUAAACCCCUGGCCCUUGUUUUGACGCCUAUCUGCUUUGCAUGGCCGGCGAGUAACCGUGGAGAGGCCAGGGUACCACAAGCUUAUGGAUUUUGAUAAGAGAGGUGGGAGGGCAGACACGGACGAGGGCAGGAGGAUGUCCAAACCGGGCGGGGGGAGGCCUGGGCACACUAGCCGGGGCACGGGCGGGAACUCCGGCGUCCUCAUGGUCGGCCCCAACUUCCGCGUGGGAAAGAAGAUCGGCUGCGGGAACUUCGGAGAGCUGCGGCUCGGCAAGAACCUCUACACCAACGAAUACGUGGCAAUUAAACUGGAACCGAUUAAGUCCAGGGCACCGCAGCUUCACUUGGAGUACAGAUUUUAUAAACAGUUGGGAAGCUCAGAAGGGAUUCCUCAGGUGUUUUACUUCGGGCCAUGCGGGAAGUACAACGCUAUGGUCCUGGAGCUCCUCGGCCCCAGUCUGGAGGAUCUGUUCGACCUCUGCGACCGCACUUUCUCCCUGAAGACCGUCCUCAUGAUAGCCAUACAGCUGAUCACGCGCAUGGAGUACGUCCACACCAGGAGCUUGAUAUAUCGAGACGUGAAGCCGGAGAACUUCCUGGUUGGGCGGCCGGGCAGUAAGAGGCAGCACACCAUCCACAUAAUCGACUUUGGGCUUGCCAAAGAGUACAUCGACCCAGAGACCAAAAAACACAUCCCGUACCGGGAACACAAGAGCCUCACAGGCACGGCCCGCUACAUGAGCAUCAACACACACCUGGGCAAAGAGCAAAGCAGGCGAGACGACCUGGAAGCACUGGGACACAUGUUCAUGUACUUUUUGCGAGGCAGUCUGCCCUGGCAGGGGCUAAAGGCCGACACGCUGAAGGAGCGCUAUCAGAAAAUCGGAGACACCAAGCGAGCGACACCGAUCGAAGUGCUCUGUGAGAGUUUCCCAGAAGAGUUAGCGACGUACCUGCGCUACGUCCGGAGGCUGGACUUCUUCGAGAAGCCUGACUACGACUACCUGAGGAAGCUGUUCACUGACCUCUUUGACCGAAACGGCUACGUCUUUGAUUACGAGUACGACUGGGUUGGCAAGCCUCUUCCCACACCCAUCGGCCCCAUCCCCAGUGAUACACCGCAGCCGAGCAGCCGGGACAAAGCACAGCAGCAGACCAAAGCCCAGUCGCCCGAGCCCAAACGGAGCGAGUCCCAGCCCACUCCCGUCAAUAAGGAGAAGCUGGGGUCACAUCUCACAGCUGAGGGGCUGGGGGGCUCAGUUCAGAUAAUGAGCUCGACCAAUGGAGAGCUGAACACAGACGACCCGACUGCAGGACACUCCAACGCUCCGAUCACAGCUGCCACAGAGGUGGAGGUCGCAGAUGACACAAAGUGCUGCUGUUUCUUCAAACGGAGAAAGAGGAAAACCCUCCAGAGACACAAGUGAACAGCACUCUUGGAAGAGAACUUGAACCGUUCGGAUCACUGUCGAGUUUUAAAUGGAAGCGAUCACACUGCUCACUCCUUCCGCCCUCUUUUAUCUCCUCCACUUUGUUUUUUUCUCUUUCUCAUUCUCUGCCCCGUGUUUAUCGCUCGAAACCCUGCACCGAUGCUCCUCUUCUGUCGGAGCGGUAAAGGAAACAUUGCUAACUUCACAACAGACUCUUUUUUUUUUUUUUUUCUUUGAAAUAACAAAAAUAGAACAUGUAAAGAAAAAAAAAGUACUCCCACUUAAGGGGUGAUGGCGAACUGUAUAAAAAAACUAAUGACGAUAAAUGAGCACCGUGAUGUGAAAUCUGAAAACAUGAUGCUGUCGUUGUAAUCUAGAUUCCAUGCAGAACAUUUUGUCGUUCAGUGGCCAUUGAUCUCGAUGGACUCGAUGGAUCGGAUUCUUUGAGUUUUUCCUUAGCUUUAGAUCUUUGUUUCAAUUUGGAGGGCAAAACCUGCAAAGGAUAAAGAUUUGGUUCAUCUCAAACAUACAAAUUUUUCUUUCGUUUUUUUUUUUUUUUUUUUGUUAUUAAUUAAAAAAAAAAAUCUUUGGUCGCUUUUGGAGAUGAAUAACUGAGUUGAAAGGAAACCUUCACGUUUUAUGUUGUGACCUGGGAUUUUUUUUUAUUAUUGCUUUUCCUUUGUGUGUGUGUGUGUGUGUGUGUUUGUGUGUGUUCUUUUUUUUUUUUUUUUUUCUUUGUUCUCUUGAUGUGGACUGUGUAGCACAGUGACUGGUCUCAGGUACUGUGGAUCAUGGGGAGAUGAAUCAAUUGUAAGCUCUCUGCUUAUUAUUGCACUUUUGAGAGGCAAAAAGAGAAGACAAAAAAGGACAAAAGAGAGAAGAUGAAAUCUAAGAGACUGCCCAAGGAUGAAUCCCACGCAAAGGCGAGGGCCGAAAUUCACAGGCGAGAUGAACGCCCUCCUCUUUUAUGUUUCAUGUUAGAUUUAUUUACCAGGAAAUCAUAGUUUGUGCCUUUCCAAGUAAAAUGUUUAAAGUUAAA